AUGGCAGCCUCGUCGGCGAAAGUCGUUAGAAAGGAGAACUCUAAUCAUGAUGGAGCGGACGAGACCUCCGGUAAGAAAUGGCGGCCUCCUGUACAACGCAAUUUAGUUUUUUAUAUUGCAGUAACGUUACCAUGGCGUAUACUUUUGGUUUAGCUUUAGUUAGCCUGAAACGAUGUAUUUAUUUGAAGGAGGCUUUAGCCAACUGAUACAUUUGAUGGCUCGUACAGGACUAGUGAGAACAGAACUUGCUAGCUAACUGGCUAGCCAACUAUGCUACAACGUCGUUGGAGGAGGCCAUGUUGUGCCUUGCACAAGCUCAUUGUGCCACGCAGGUUUGGGAGGAAUUCACGUGUAUUUCCAAAUUAUAGUAACUUCUUAAGGUUAACUACCGUACACAUGUUUUGUUAACUAACGUUGUUGUUUACAAAAUAGCCCGUUAGUUAGUAAACUAACAAAAUGCGCUAGUUAAGUUUGCGUGAGGCCCAGCAUUCAUUGUUGUUCCGCCAUCGCGGUUUGCACCCAUGCAUUGAAGUAAUUUGCGAUUGUAAACGAACAAAAUGCAGUACUAAGGUCGGCACGGAUGUAUAGAUAACUGCAAAAUAUUGCAUUAGUAAGACACUAGUAGUGUCGGGCCAGAAUGCCAACAAGCUGUCGGUGAGGCCGGGGCGAUAUCAGUCCCCAGCGUGCGGCGGCCACAUCAUUCAAACCACGCGGCCUUGAGAAACAGCAGGAAGCUGCAUCAGAGUACUUUGGCUCGUUUAGCUAGAGAGCUAGUUACGUCUUAAUGGCUUGAAAGCUAAUAGUUACUACAAAAUGUGGUGGAAUGCUUAGCUUGUGUACCCAAUGCUCAAGUCUUCAUGUACUAGACAUUGUGUUUACGGUGGUUGGUUAUCUUUACCCUGUAUUUAUUUUUACCAUCAGCAAGAUUUUCUACAUAUACAUAAUAUUUCAUUAUUUUCUUUCAAGGAAAUUAACACUAAUUUAAUCUCUUUCAGUAAAAGAGCAACAAGAAGCUAUUGAACACAUUGACGAAGUACAAAAUGAAAUUGACAGGUGAGCUAAUUAUCCGGAAACUUUUGUGGUUUUCAAGACUGACCUUUUACAGUAUGAAUAUCGUCAAAUUGUGUUGUUGCACGAUUCUCUUCCCUUUAGAUUGAACGAACAGGCCAGUGAGGAGAUUUUAAAAGUAGAGCAGAAGUACAAUAAGUUACGCCAGCCAUUCUUCCAGAAGCGGUCAGAACUCAUAGCUAAAAUCCCCAACUUCUGGGUCACAACAUUUGUCAACCACCCACAAGGUAAGUGCAGAUAUUAUGCUCUUAUUUUACUAUUUCAUGUUAUUUUCUUGAUGAAUGAAGAGUUAUUGUACACGGUGGGAUUCUACACAUGACAAACGAUGUCCAUCAGUAUCAGUCUGAUUAUGGUGUUGCUAUACAAACUGCUUUUGUCCAGUGACAAACUUUCUAUGAUUCUGUUCUUGUCAGUUUCAGCCCUUCUUGGUGAGGAGGAUGAGGAGGCACUUCAUUACCUUACCAGAGUGGAGGUGACUGAGUUUGAGGACAUCAAGUCAGGUUACAGAAUAGAUUUUGUAAGUAUUUAAAUAUUAUUUUAGAUUGUGCAUUUUAAACAAAAUUAUGCAUAAAUUAACCAUAUUGUUUUUUCAGUACUUUGAUGAGAACCCAUACUUUGAGAACAAAAUCCUCUCCAAAGAGUUUCACUUGAAUGAAAGUGGGGACCCAUCUUCAAAGUCAACUGAAAUAAAAUGGAAGGCUGGAAAGGUAUGUUUACACAUCUCAAUUUUUACAGGGCAUCUUAUAAGUAAAGUGUUUUUAAUAUAGUCCAAGUGCUGUCUUGUGAUGUCAUGCUGCAGAAAACCAAAGCAAAAUGCAUGGCAUCUCUGCUUUUUGAUUAUUUUGCUUUUCCCCCUGCUCGCAGGACCUGACAAAGCGUGCCGGCCAAACGCCGAACAAAGCGGGUAAGAAGAGGCAACACGAAGAACCAGAGAGCUUCUUCACCUGGUUCACAGAUCACUCCGAUGCAGGGGCAGACGAACUAGGAGAGGUCGUUAAGGAUGACAUCUGGCCAAACCCAUUGCAGUACUACCUGGUAUGAUUCCAUGCUAUUGUCCAUAGUUCUUUGUUGACUGCCCAUGGUGCUUAAUAAAAAAUAAAAAUAAAUUGGUGUUAACCUAAUCUUACUUUGGUAGGCCAGGUAGAGUAUUCUGUAUAUUUCUUACAAUUAUCCAAAAUAUCCUGGCGUUAGGGCCAUAGGGUUAGACCAAAGUGGCUCUGUAAUAGAAAAUAUCUUGCAGAUUUCACCUAAAUGGUGUUUUGGGGACAACUUCAGAAGUGUGUUGAAUAGCCAUAUGGUUCUACGGAACAUGACUGAACCAUAUCCAGCCACCUAGACAUCUCAACUGGAUGCCUAGAUUCCAAACUGUAAAUCGUCUCCUGCUGGCAUUAUAUGUCUGGGAACUCGUAUUAAUAUAACAUAUGAACUCUUAACUCCACCAGGUCCCUGACAUGGAUGAUGAGGAAGGGGAAGGUGAGGAGGAUGAGGAAGAGGGCUUGGAGGACAUUGAUGAGGAAGGGGAUGAGGAUGAAGGAGAGGAAGAUGAUGAGGAAGAAGGGGAAGAUGGAGAGGUAUGGUAGAUUUAAUUCACUCCAGUCUUGUUUGCACAAUAUUGUACAACUUUUCCUGUCUUUGUGUAUAUAUAUAUUUUUUAAUGUGGUGGAAGAUUGCCACUUGUCUGAAAUGUUAGUCUUUACAGGCAUGGGGUAAACCUGUAUCUCUCUUCUACAGGAUGACGGCGAGGAUGAUUAAGGCCGAAAAUGACAUAUUCCAACCUACACCUUUUCCCAUUCUUUCCUUUUACUCAUCCUUCAACGCGUGGGCGCAAGAAGCUUUGUUUUCAUUUUAUUUUUGUAUUAUUUUGUGCUCUGUCUCCUGUUCCACAUGCUUCCGCCUGUCCAUACCAUGUCUGCAGACGAGUAAAUUCCCAGGCCCACAUCAGAAAACUCUGACGUCUCACGUGUCAUAAAACUACUAGAAAUGUCCAUGAAGACCAAUAAAAGAAAGUACAAGCAUUCUGCACGUCAUCUUAUAUAGACUAAAAGAAAGUUGAAUAGCAAUUUAUAUGUAUGAUAAAUAAGGUUUCUGUUAAACUUGUGAGUUGAAUAAAGAUAAGCCAUGGUGCUGUGAUAACUUAUUCUUAGCAUCCCUAGACAC